UUUUAUAUAUUUUUUGUUUCUUGUCAUUACCUAUUGCCAUUUUACGAGAAAAAUGGCUUUUAGAAUCCUUAGAGUACUUUGCCUUCACUUUUUUCUUCCUUUUUUAAAGAUAUCUUCAGCUUUUUUGUCAAAAAAAUCAUUAAAUUGAAGUUGGAGAACCCUCUUCAACAAUAUUUUUUUUCUCAAAUAUUUUUUUUUCUCUUAUUUAAAAAUGUUUUUUAACUUGUAAAAUCAGAGAUAUGGGGCACUAAAUAAAUACUUAUUUUACAUUUUUGUUUUUUUAAGAGGAAAGAUUUUUGAGGGUAUUAUUCGCUUUAUCUUCUACUACUUAUUUGGUUAGAUUCCUUUAUUUACAAGGUAUGAGAGAAGUUAAAAAAGAGAUUUGAAGCGAGGUGAGAGAUGAGGGGGUUGGGGAAAGGAGGAACGGGGAGAGGAGGAACGGAUGCUUUAGGGUAAGGAAAUUUCACAAAAUGUUUUUUUUUUCCUUUUUUGUUAAACAACAAAAAACUUUUUCCUUCUUUUUUUAAUUCUUUUACUUUGCUUUUCCUGAAAGGCCAAACAUCCGUCCAUUUUUAUUUUAGUUAUUUUUUUUAUUUUGCUUUAGUUAGCUUUACCUUUCUUUUGAAAAUUGAUUCUAAAAAUAAUUUUUAAAAUUUAAUUUUUACAAAAUUUUCAGUUGAAAUUCCCUUCAAAAUUCAAUUAAAUUCAAAAAUUAACUUCAAAAAAAUAUGGGUGGUCUAGAUUCAUUUUGUCAAUUAAAGAACGAUAACAACAACGAUUUAAACACUACAAUUACAACAACAACGAUUUCAUCAAAUAUUGUUGAGGAAGAUCCUUCAAUAGAAGCAUUGCAUAGAUUGAAGUCUACCUUUCGAACAAUUAUUGUUGUAAUUUCAGCACUUGGAGUGGCUGGUAAUAUUCUAAAUUUAAUGACACUGCGAAGUCCAUCGCUUCGUAAUGUUCCGUUUAUGUUUAUUCGCGCAUUGGCACUUUUUGAUUUGAUAAGUCUAACAGCAAUUCUUCUACAUUUUUCACUUGAAUGGUUACAAAUUGAAUCUGAUAUAGUUGUUUUUUAUGAAGUUUGGGUACAAGAUGUUUUAAUUAAUUCUUUUUUGGUUGCUGGUUUAUAUUGUGCUGUUUUAUUUUUAUUAAUUCGAAAACCUUUAUCAACUGGAAGACGUCUUUUAAGUAUAGAAAAUACUGUUUUGGUUAAAAUUGGUUUUGCUUUGUUAGCUGCUUUAUUAUUGCAUGCACCUAUGUCUUUACAGUGGCAAGCAAAAUGUUCAGAAUAUGAGCCUUUAGUUAACAAUAAUGAAAAUAAAGAAAUUGAAGUCCACAAAGUAAGCUGCCUCCAUUGGGCUCGAGGAAAAUUCAACAAUAGAGAUUUAUUAUGCCGCGAACCUUUUUUUGCUCUUUACAAUUAUUACAAAAUGGGACGUGAAUUGUUAAGAUUUUUCUGUGUUUUAUUGCUGGUUAUUUUAAAUGCUGUUAUUGCUAGACAUUUGCAAGUUGCAAAGAGAAAUCGUCGUUUAUUAAUUAAACGAAUUAGUAUGACAACAACAGGAACUGAAGCAUCCGCAGUAGUUGAUCAUAAACCUCCUCCUUCACAACACAACCAAAUUCAAAGAAAUAAUAGUACAGCAAAUUCACCAAUUUGUUCAAAUUGCCAUCAGAGACAUCAACAAAAUUUGAAUUGUCAUCAACAUCAAAAUGCUCGAGCAGCAAGUUCUUCACCUCCAGAUACUUAUUUUCAACAACAACAUUUUAAUAAUAAUAAUGAGCAGCAGCAUAUACGUCCAGCAACUCCUAGUAUAAGCAACAAUCGAAGAGAUAUAAAUACUUUAAUGCGUUCAUUUACUGAAAAGAAAUUGACUGCUUUGAUGGUGGCUAUUUGUGUUAUUUUUGUUGUAAUGGCUAUGCAAAACGAGUCUUUAGACAAUGCUUUUAGUUUUCAAGUUUUUCGUCAAGUAGCCAAUACAGCAGAAGUAUUAAACCAUUGCCUCAACUUUUUUAUUUUUUGUAUGGCCUCUUCAGAAUAUUGCCGAGCAUUUUUGUCACUCAAACCUGUUCAUUGUUUACUUCGCUAUUUUCCUUUUUGUAAUGCUUUGGCACAUGCAAGAAUUAGUGGUUCUGUUAGACGCCGCCUAGAACGAACUCAUCAACUAAUGCUUGGAGUUGGAAAUGUUCACGAGGCGGCAGCAUUAAAUUGUGAUGUAAAAAGAAGUUUAAGUAAAAAAUCAUCUAUUGGAAUUAUUUUGACAAAUUCUGAAAAUGGAAGUAGUGGAGGUGGUGGAAAUUCUGGUUGGUUUGGUGGAGGUGACGUCAAUCAAAAAUUGUGGCGAUAUCGUCGUGAUAAUUCUGUUACAAAUGAAAGUAAUAGUGGUGGAGGAGGUGUUGGACGCCCUCGUGGAUCAAGUGGAACUUCUUGCACUUUAAUGGUUGAACGUAAAUCUUCGAGUAACUUAACUACAACAAAUGGAGGGCCGAACAAUCAAGAAUUUUGGCAAAAUCAAAAUUUUUCUGCCCAAGUGCAGUUGCUUACAUGUAGUGGUUGUAAUUUUAAUAAUAAUACCACCAUUGAUGCAAGAACUGCAACAGCAACAGAUGAAAAUUGUAGCAUAACAGAGAGUGCUACAGCAGAUGAUUUUCUUUAA